UUCGUCCAGGAGAUCCAGCCUCACCUUUUCAAUUUCCUCCCAAUCACCCUCCCCUGGGGGGAUACUGCCUACCAUUGGUUUGGGGAAAUGCCUUUGGACAAGGCCAAGAGUCCGGCAACUACUAAGGUUAAUGAGUGUGCUGGCAAACUGAUUGGAUACGAGGAAUGUUGCCAUGUGGUGUGACUUCCCGUGGCUGAUGAUGAAGUGUGCUUGCCCCAAUGUUUCAAUUUUGAGGUUGUUGGCAGCAACGAGGAAGUUGUUGGUUGGCCUAAGAUCAGAUGCCCUACGUCCGAGCUUUUCGAAAUCCAUCAAGCUCAUCAAGUUCGCCCCCACCCCAGUAUCUGGGAGGACUUUGCGGAUUAUCCCAAGAUACUCACAAGUAGAAGGGUCCCAGAAGUGUAUUGGUAGUGUUUGCAAUGAGCAAAAUGUGUCCCCUGAGCACUUACAACUCAACAGAAUACUGACGAGAUCCUCCCUUCCUUCCUUGGGGGCGCCCACUUUGGAGCAACUGAGGAUUCCAGGCCCUAUCUUUCUAUCUAUGGAUCGCAACGAAAGCACUUUGUUGGCCUCCGCCCUUGAGCCCGUUGUGCUAGAGCACGCCGCCAACUCGGCCGUCAAUCGGGGCGGCUCGGCUAGUCCGGGAGGGUUGGCCACCACCGAGGCCAAUCACUCGCGCCAACGGCACGCCUCUUCAUCUUCCUCGUCUUCGUCGUCCUCGCCUUCGUCCUCGGUGGCCUCGUCACAUCAACCCACGCACAACGCUUUGCAAGGAAUUUUAGAAGCCUUGGUGGGACGGACCGGGGGCGGAUCCGGAUCAAGCACGUCGGACGAUAGUGAUAGUAGCAAUUCCGGAACUUGCUUUUGGCCUCCGAUGAAGCGCUCAUUGACGAAGAAUAAACACACCAAGCCCAAUCCGGAAAUGGUCCAGGAUUUGGAGCAAAGUGAUUUUUGUAACAUAACUCGUCGUGACCUGGCCUUGCCCGUGUUCGGUCAGCCGGGGUAUGACACCACCCCGUCCAAACCACGAGUGCCGUGGUUGAUUGGUCGCCGAGAAAUCGGCGACUUUCGCUGGCAAGGUCGCCAUCAGCACUUCACGCACGGUCAGCGGUGUCACAUUUUGUCCGCCUUUCUCCCCGACCGCUGCCAAAUCCUGGAUAAAUACGACCAAAAAGUGUUUUGCGGUACCUACUCCACCGACGGCCAACUCUUCAUGUCCGCUUGUCAAGACCAGAUGAUUCGAAUCUACAACACGCAAGGACGCGAUUUCGUUCCCUAUAGAUUGAUCAGGGCCCGAAACGUUGGAUGGAGUGUGCUUGACACGGCCUUGUCGCCAGAUGGCCGGCAUCUCAUCUACAGCUCAUGGUGUGAUUAUGUUCACCAGGUGGAUAUUACCCAAGAGGAUGGGCCUCAACAAGCGCUUCCAUUGUCGCCCGAUGACGGUAGGUUCUGCUUAUUCUCAAUCCGAUUCAGUCAAGAUGGGCGGGACAUCCUGGGCGGGUCCAAUGAGGGAUUCCUCUAUCUCUACGACCGGGAGGCUCAACGGCAAUCCUUGAAAAUCAAUGGCCAUGACGAGGAUGUGAAUGCGGUGGCCUUUGCUGAUAGCACCACCCAUAUCCUGGCGAGUGGUGGGGACGACGGAAUGUGCAAGAUCUGGGAUCGUCGAUCCCUCCGUGAAUCUCAACCCAAGCCCGUGGGGGUUCUGGCGGGUCAUGUGGAUGGGAUCACGUACAUCGAUGCCAAAGGCGACGGGCGGCAUAUCAUCACAAACUCCAAGGACCAGACGAUCAAACUUUGGGACCUUCGGCAAUUCAGUCCCCAAUCAGCGGUCGUCGACACACAACGAGCAGUCAAAAACCAGAGUUGGGAUUACCGAUGGCAACGGGUGCCCCGACACCUUGUGCGGGGAAAUCUUAUCAAAUGUGUGCCCGAUGACACCUCGGUGAUGACCUACCGAGGUCAUACUGUCCUCCAGACCCUCAUUCGUUGUCGGUUCUCGCCUGUGCACACCACAGGACAGAGAUACAUUUACACCGGAUGCGCCACAGGGGCGGUUGUUAUAUAUGACGCACUGACGGGCCAAGUUGUGAGGGAACUGAAAGGUCACAAGUCAUGCACUCGGGAUGUUUCAUGGCAUCCGACUAAUCCAGAAUUGGUCAGCUCCUCGUGGGACAAAUCGCUAUUCCGAUGGACUCACGCUCCCCACCAACACCAAGAGAUGCCCGAGAAGGAUAACUCAAUAUGUCACAAAUCGAAGCAACGACGAUCCCGAAUAGUGACCAUUCACCCUAUAGACGAUUGAAACACUUUUUUUUACACACGUCGGCGCCCCCAAAAACAAAGUGAAAUGUGUAAUUGUUUGAACUCUUUUCUUCUGAAGGUGAUAUUUAGGGUAGAACAUCGUUAAUAUAGAAAGAAUAUGAUGA